CUCACAGGCCCUAAAGCCCAGUCGUUUCAACUUGUCCGCCAUGCUUCGGUUAUUUCGUCCUUUCCCCCACGGUUACCCUCCAAGGGUUCUUCAGCUACAUACUCUACCGAUGCUACUGCUCCUGUCCCACCCACCGUCCCCUAUAAGCAACUUACAGUUGGCGUCCCGCGCGAGACCUAUCCCAAUGAACGCCGUGUGGCUUUAACUCCUCAAAAUAUCGCUCUUCUGCUCAAGAAAGGUUUCGGCAAGGUCCUUGUCGAAAAAGGAGCCGGUGCCGAGGCCGAGUUCCAUGAUUCUGCCUACGCAACAGCUGGUGCAACACUUGUCGAGUCUGCUUCUGAUGUAUGGAACAACGCCGAUAUCGUACUCAAGGUCCGCGGUCCCAGUGUCGCUGAAGCGGAAAUGCUCAAAGAGGGUCAAACGAUUAUUAGCUUCCUCCAACCGGCUCAAAACAAGCCGCUUGUAGAAAAGCUUGCCUCUCGGAAUGCGACUGUUUUUGCCAUGGACAUGAUCCCUCGCAUCUCUAGGGCACAGGUCUUUGAUGCGCUGAGCAGCAUGGCCAACAUUGCUGGUUACAAAGCAGUUCUGGAAGCCUCAAAUGUUUUUGGUCGAUUUCUCACCGGUCAGGUUACAGCAGCUGGAAAGAUCCCACCUUGCAAAGUCUUGGUUAUUGGUGCCGGCGUUGCUGGUUUGAGUGCCAUUGCCACGGCCAGAAGAAUGGGAGCUAUUGUCCGCGGUUUCGAUACUCGCUCCGCUGCGCGUGAACAGGUUCAGUCCCUCGGCGCCGAGUUCGUUGAAGUCGAACUUCAGGAAGACGGUUCUGGUGCUGGAGGUUACGCCAAGGAAAUGUCGCCAGAGUUUAUCGCAGCCGAAAUGAAGCUGUUCACAGAGCAAGCCGAAGAAGUGGAUAUCAUUAUUACUACUGCCUUGAUUCCCGGAAAGCCAGCGCCCAAGCUCAUCACCAAAGCCAUGGUCGAGAUUAUGAAGCCUGGCUCUGUGAUUGUUGAUCUGGCGGCCGAGGCUGGAGGGAAUUGCGAAGUGACUCAGCCGGGAAAGCUUAUCAACUAUAAGGAUGUUAAGAUCAUUGGCUACACUGAUCUCCCAUCUCGCCUUCCCACUCAGUCUUCCACCUUGUACUCGAACAAUAUCACCAAAUUUCUCCUUUCCAUGGCGCCAAACAACCAGGAAUACGGCAUUGACCUUCAAGACGAAGUUGUCAGGGGUGCAAUUGUCAUUAACAAGGGGAACAUCCUCCCGCCAGCACCUCGACCAUCACCACCACCGGCACCAGCAGCAACCCCGACCACAGCUAAGGAAGCAGAAGUCGUGGCCCUGACGCCGUUCCAGAAGGCUUCGCGUGAAGUAGGUCUUGUCACAAGUGGUAUGGGCGCUGCUCUUGCGUUGGGAAAGCUCACUGGGCCAUUGUUCAUGGGCAACGCCUUUACCUUCGCCUUGGCCUCGCUCAUCGGUUACCGUGUGGUAUGGGGUGUAACGCCCGCCUUGCACUCACCGUUGAUGAGCGUCACCAAUGCAAUCUCAGGUAUGGUGGGAGUGGGCGGUCUUUUCAUCUUGGGCGGGGGCUACCUCCCUGAUACCAUUCCUCAGGCUUUCGGCGCUGCUUCCGUGCUUCUCGCAUUUGUCAAUAUCUCUGGCGGGUUUGUCAUUACCAAACGAAUGCUCGACAUGUUCCGUCGUGUCACUGACCCUCCGGAAUACCCGUGGCUGUACGCUGUUCCCGCCGCCUUAUUUGGAGGUGGCUUCAUUGCCGCUGCGGCUUCAGGUGCAGCUGGUUUGGUCCAGGCCGGCUACUUGGUUAGCUCCGUGCUUUGCAUCACCUCGCUUUCGUCUCUGGCAUCUCAAACAACCGCACGCCUGGGAAACACGCUUGGUAUGUUGGGUGUAGGAUCUGGGGUCCUUGCUUCCCUGCUUGCUGCUGGUUUCUCCCCCGAGGUCCUUACACAGUUCGGCGGUCUGGCUGCCAUUGGUGGUAUCUUGGGUUUGCUUAUUGGGAAGCGCAUCACGCCCACCGACCUUCCACAGACAGUCGCCGCUCUCCACUCCGUUGUUGGCUUGGCCGCUGUGCUCACCAGUAUCGGAAGUGUUAUGGCUGACGUGGAUCAUAUUACGACUCUUCAUCUCGUCACUGCCUACCUUGGUGUUCUUAUUGGUGGUGUGACAUUCACGGGGUCAAUCGUGGCCUUCAUGAAGCUUGCCGGGAAAAUGUCCUCCAAGCCAACCAUUUUACCUGGCCGGCACCUGAUUAACUCGGGUCUUUUGGCUUCCAAUGUUGCCACCAUGGGUGCCUUUGUCACAAUGGCCCCUGGUUCUCCAGCAAUCGCUGCCGGUGCUCUAGCUGCAAACACUGUUCUAUCUUUCCUCAAGGGCUACACCACAACCGCGGCCAUUGGCGGUGCCGACAUGCCGGUGGUUAUCACAGUUUUGAACGCUUAUAGCGGCUUUGCUCUUGUUGCUGAAGGCUUCAUGUUGGAUAACCCACUACUUACCACAGUGGGCGCACUCAUCGGCGUAUCAGGCUCCAUCCUCUCAUAUAUAAUGUGCGUGGCCAUGAACCGUUCACUCACCAACGUUCUGUUCGGUGGAAUAUCUGCUCCAGCAACGACAGAGUACAAGAUAGAAGGAAGCAUAACGCAGACCAAUGUCGAAGACACAGCCGAAGCCCUAACAAACGCAGAGACAGUAAUUAUUGUCGUAGGAUAUGGCAUGGCUGUAGCCAAAGCGCAGUACGCCAUAUCAGACAUUACCCAAAUGUUGCGCUCCAAGGGCAUCAAAGUGCGCUUCGCCAUUCAUCCCGUGGCCGGUCGCAUGCCUGGUCAGUGCAACGUUCUUCUUGCAGAAGCUAGCGUGCCGUAUGACAUUGUACUGGAGAUGGAUGAGAUCAACGAUGACUUUGGUGAGACGGACCUCACUCUUGUCAUCGGAGCGAACGACACCGUCAACCCGAUUGCCUUGGAGCCAGGCAGCCCUAUUGCUGGAAUGCCCGUUUUGCAUGCUUGGAAGAGCAAGCAGGUCGUGGUGAUGAAGAGAGGUUUGGCUAGUGGAUAUGCCGACGUACCAAAUCCUAUGUUCUACAUGCCGGGCACAAAGAUGCUCUUCGGAGACGCAAGAGUCACGACAGAAGCCAUCAAAGCCGCAGUUGAGGCCCGGCUCAAGUGA